GCAGCUUUUUUUCAACGCCCGAUUCCUGGCUCCAAACUGGGUUGCCCCAUUUACCUAUAGGGAACAAGAAAAAGGACAAGAACAAGGCCGCUUCAGUGCUCGACCACUCAGGAGAACCACAGAAACAACAACAACGGCGCCGACGUUUCUACGAGGUUCCACCCCGGCUUCGGCUGCGCGCCCACUCCGCUUUUCUCCUGUGUCACCAGGUUCCUCCACCAUUGCGUCACUUGAACAAACCAGCCUGUCAUGGAGUCAGAUGCAUUGUUGGAAUCGUCGCAGACGGAUUUCAGCUGGUCCGAGGAUCCCAGCCUGCUCCAAGAUUAUGAAACGCCUACCGAGGAUCACACGGACCACAGGCUCUCCGUCGCGGUUCUCGUGAUAUGCAGCAUUAUCUUGGCCGUGCUUGCGUUAUUGUUCGCCAUCCACGUGGUCUCCGACCCAUUCGAUGACGAAAGCGAGGGGGACGAAAAGACACUCCAAGGCGUGUACUUGAAAGUACCUGCUGCUUCACGGACCACCCCACUGAUCACUGCUAGACGCAGCAUGGCGACAACUCCGGUUCUUACUGCUACGCCACCGACGGUUCCUGCGACGCCUAAGUCAAUAAUUAGCACCGUCGCUUCUUGGAAGACGCCCAUUGGGAGGGCAACGAGACAAGUGGCAACGUCUACCUCUAAGAAGACCCCGAUUUCCCGUGGGAGGACCUCUACUCCAAAACCGGUGACUACGAUAACAAAAGCUACAGCAGCGCCUCCGCCUCCUCCUCAUUCACUGCCGCCACUACGACCACCGCGAUCCAAGGCGACGCCAACUUCGCCGCGCACAAGCGCGCCGCCCAAGACGACAGCGCCACCACCUAAGACAAGGCCACCACCUAAGACGAGGCCACCACCCAAGACAAGGCCACCACCCAAGACAAGGCCACCACCCAAGACAAGGCCACCACCCAAGACAAGGCCACCACCCAAGACAAGGCCACCACCCAAGACAAGGCCACCGCCCAAGAAGCCGCCGCCGCCGCCGACAACGCCAACGCCGAGGACCACAACGCGAUCGCCGAGGACGACAACUCCAACGACUACGCCACCGAAGACUACAACGCCAUGGACAACGACAACGCCACGGACUACGACAACGCCACGGACUACGACUACGCCACGGACUACGACUACGCGACCGACGACUACAACGCCACGGACUACAACCCCACGGACUACGACUACGCCACGGGCUACGACAACGCCACGGGCUACAGCAACGCCACCGACGACGCCUGGCGCAGCGACGACGUCGGAGCGUCCGGGCAUACCUCGCUAUUCAACCAUCUGCACGGUGAGCUACCUGGACUCCGGCCUGACCUUGCCUCUGGCCGGCGAGUGCGACAUCAUCUACUACGACUCGCUGCUCCUGCGCCCGGAGGACACAUUCAUGGGCACCUUCACCAACGCCUACCUGAAGCCCAUCUUCGAUGCCGCCAAGGAGAGCAAAGUCAGCCACAACACCGAGUUCGGGAUGUCCGUGCACGCACCCAGAGCGAUCAACGAGUUCUCCAUCGAGGUGAAAUCCGAUGCCGGCAAGCAGCACUACAAGGAUCACUGGCAGCGCAAGAUUUACCACUGGGGCGUCCUUAACAUCCACGAGAUCAUUCUGAAGAACACCCCAGACAUUCUGAAGGCUUCGCUCACCGUCCUCAAGGAGCUGAAGGAGAUUGCUACGGCAGCGGACCAGAACGCCUCUAUGGUUGUGGGCCUUUUCUGCAAGUUCACCGGCGGCUGCGAUAAAGUGUCCCAGUACCUCAAGACUAUAUACCUACCUGACGGUGUCGUGGUCUUGGGGCACAUCUCUUUUCGCGACAACAACAUCUCGGACUGCACCAUUUUGCCGGUUAGCUGCUUCAAGGACCCGUUUAUGCAAUACAGGAACCUGUCCUACAUGCAUUCCAUGACCGACGCCGUAAAUACGGUUAGGCACCUGCAAGUGACGGAAGGCCUCGACACCAUGUACGCCGUGUCAGCUACGUUGGCGGGGCGUUGGUACAAGCCAAGGAGGCCGGAUAACGAGAACGUUCUCUAUCCCGGACGGUACCGCGUCGGGUCUCGUUGCAAGUUGGAAGACUACCCGCAGAAAGCGCACGUACAACACGUUUGCGGCAACAAAAGCUUCGAAUAUACCCAGAACUUUCAAUACACGGCAAAUCACGUCACCGGAUUUACCUGGGACAAGAAGGAGGGCUUUACGAUAACCUUCGAGAAUGAAGAAUCACUGGAAAAGAAGUUCUGCUUGUCCUUCGACAACAACACGCAGCUGCUUGUUGGAAUCGCCGCCUACGACGCGAAUUACGAUGCCGCGCCCAAGAACUGCACGCAGUUCGUGGGAGCCCCUUGGUCGCGGCUGAUGUGGAUCGAGAGGAUGCGCAAGUUGCUCAAAAUUUCGACCACUUACGACCCGAGUCAGUUCUUAGCACGAUGCUUGUACGAUAUCAAAGCGAUGACGAAGAUAGCAGCUCACCGGGGGCUUCCCACCAGGGCCAUGUCGCCAGAGAUCCGUUGAACUUUUUAUUAAUUGACUGCUUCCGGAAAAUUAAUUGCCAUUCGUUUUUCUUUCUUA